CAUCUUAAAAUUAAGUGAAAUUUUUUCAAUUUGGCUUCAUAGAUAAAAUCUUACUUAUGUGUUUUUCAGGUCGGAUUUCAUUGUUUUCAUCAUUGUCCUAAAAUGUCUAUUUGUUCAUAAAAUUGGUUUCAUUAGAUUAGCAGAAUUUCAUAUUUGAUUGUUGAUUUAGACUGAUCUAGAAAUAUUUUAUGAAUUUAGUUAGACCAAGGUAUACGUUAGUUUCAUUACUUAUAUACAAGGUUGUCAACCCGCGGGUUGACCCGGACCUGGUUGAGCUAGUGAGUCAAGAGUUAACGGGUCACCAGUUUUAGCCUGGAAAUAUAGAAAGAGUAAUUAUAUUGUACUUAUCCUGAUAAAUUACAUAAAAUCUCAUCUAACAUAUGAGUAAUAACAUAUAACAUUACACCAAAGUAACAUGUCGUACUUAGAUCCAACAUAUAGUGAAAAUUCACACACUUAUAUAACAUCAAUAUUUAAAUAUUCAACUAAGGAUUCCAAAAAUUGAGUUAGGCGAAAAGAAAAAAACCAAAGGAUAAAAUUACACAAUUUGACCUCCAACCCGGUACCUUGUAGCGGUCGACCCGGUGGGUGCGUGAGACCCAUUUGUCUCACUGGGUCAGGGUCAAAGUGGGUCAACCCGUGGAUCGACCCGCGGGUUGACAACCUUGCUUAUAUAUCUAGGGAUGAGAUUAGUUGGAGUUCAUCAAAAUGCAUCGAACGGUCAGAUCACAUGGAGUAUACCAGUCAUUACCAUAUAUAUAUGGGUGGUUAUAUAUUAUCUUGGGUAAAAUCAAAUGUAUGACAUACCUUGAGUAAAAAAAUCAUAUCUAGACCUUGAAUUAAACGGAGUUUUGCAUUUUGUACUAUUUUCAAACCUUUAAAGAUAAAAAUCUAAGUCUUGAUUCUAAAAAUCUCAUAUAUAAUUUUUUUUUAUCUUUGUAAAUUGUAAACAUACACUAAGCGAAUAAAUAUGUUUUUAUCUCUGUUAGACUUUUAGUAAUUAGUUUAUUCACAAGCUAUCAAAAAACUUUGCUCUGUCGAGAAAGCGACUAUCUGUUCGCCAGACUUCAGGUGCUAUGAUUCACACUGUCGAUUGUGAAUGGAAAAGAAGCAUUUCGAACGCAAAAUUGGAGAAUGAAUUGGGAUGUUUCUAGGUUUUUCUCGAUUCCAGGUAGUGGGAAGAAAGAGGAAGGGAAAGGGGGAGAGUGGUGAGAUACAGAGUUCAGAGAGAUGGAAGAACAAACGGAAAAAGAAAAUGAAGGCAAAAGGAGAGUGGAGGGCGCAUUUAAAAGAGGAGGGGGGGGGGGGGGAUGAGGUUGUGUGAAAUAAUUAUCCCUCUACUUUGUUUAGAGGAUAUUGGUGGCUCUCUUCUGUUGAGUUUUGUUUUUUUUAUGGUUUAGUUUUGAUUAUUUAGGAGAAGACAUUUGGCUGAUUUUUUUGCAUUUUAAUUUAAAAUCCAAGAUAAAUAUAACGUUUGGUUUAUUUUUUUCCUUAAUGUGAUCAUUGUAAUUUCUCAGAUUUAAGAGGUAUUUUAUUAGUUCAAUACUUUAGUGGUUUUUUAUUUAAAGCUUGAAUUGACAAAUCGUAUCGUACGACAGUUCGACCAGAAAAACCUUAUACCAUAGGCUAAAUCGGUAGGUGAUAUUUAGCAAUAUGAAAUGGUUAAACCACGAUUAAAGUAUUAUUUAUGUAUAAAAUACUCUACAAUGAUUUUUUUAUACGAUUUUACAAUCCUUGAUCCAACCAAUUCUUUUACACUGGUGGAAACAAUAGUUAGGGGUGAUAGUCGGUUCGGUUACGGUUUAACCGAACCGACGGGUCGGUUACCCGACACCAAUAAAGAGCCAAAUCCCCCCACCGACACCGACGCCGAUAUGAUUAUCGGUUAUCCGACACCGACACCGACAAAGUACAAUCGGUUGAUCGGUUUCCCGAAACCGAGUGCAUCCACCCUCUCGAGUCUUCUCUGCUCAUCCUUCUCUCUCCAUUCUGCGCCUCCAGGCUCCACCCAAUACUUCUCCUCACCUGCGAUGAACAUGCACGGAGCAGAAGUUGGAUCUGUCCGGAUUUCUGGAUCCGACUGCCGAAUCUCGCCGCCGAAUCGCGUUGUGGAUGGCGGAGAAGGAUCUGCUUCUGCCAAAUCGCCAAGGAGAAACGGAGGAACACAGGAGCUAGAGGAAGAAGGACUGAGGGAUGGAUCUGCUUCCACUGUUCUGGAUCGUGCUUCGACAAGAAAGGAGAGGGGGAAAUCGCCGGUCAAAGUUCUCGUUCGUCGCCACCACGACCCUCGCCGUCAAAUCUUUCCGCCAAAUCUCACCAUUAGGAGGGAUAGAGGAACACAAGAGUAUGAGGAAGAAGGGAAUCACACCGAGGAAGGUGAGAUUGAAGGGAUUUGGAGAGUGACGAGUGAAGAAGGAGAGGUUUGGAGUUCAGGGAGAGGUAAUGAGGGGUGAUGGUGAGAGCAGAGAGGGAGAGUCUCUAGAGGUUUGCGGUUUUGGCGGUGCACCGAGAUUAUAUCGGUGUUGCAACCGUCGGUUGCCGGUUAGCAAAAAUCCCCCAAACAGCCAACCUAAGCCGACACCGAAUCAAUAUUUUCGGUUAUC